AUGAACUGGGUUCUGGGAGCGAUUGCUCUGGCUGCCCCCUGGCCCCACGUGGAGCCCUACGAGGUGGUGUGGCCACGGCGCCUGCUUGGACCCCGUGCCCGCCGAGCCCUUCCCACGCACUUGGGUCUGUACCCAGAGAACGUGAGCUAUAUCCUCAGGGCUGGGGGCCUCCGCUUCACCCUGCACCUUCGCAAGAACAGGGACCUGCUGAGCCCAGGCUACACAGAGACCUACACAGCUGCUAACGGCUCGGAGGUGACAGAGCUGCUGCACGGGCAGGACCACUGCCUCUACCAGGGCCAUGUAGAGGGCCACCUGCACUCGGCCGCCAGCCUCAGCACCUGUGCCGGCCUCAGGGGUUUCUUCCGGGCGGGCUCCGCCAUCCACCUGAUCGAACCCUUGGAUGGGGUUGAGGAGGGGCGGCACAUGCUGUACCAGGCGGAGCACCUGCUGCCCAAGGCUGGGACCUGUGGGGUCAGCAACGCCAGCCUGGACAGCCUGCUGGGGCCUCGGGUCUCGCCAGCCUUCAGGCCCCGGAAUGGGCCGCUGUCCCGAGAGACCCGCUAUGUGGAGCUGUUCGUGGUCACAGACACUGCAGAGUUCCAGAAGUGGAGGAGCAGAGAGGCUGUGCAGAGGCGGGUGCUAGAGGUGGUCAACCACGUGGACAAGCUGUACCAGGACCUGAACAUGCGGGUGGUGCUGGUGGGUCUGGAGAUGUGGGUGGGCCGGGACGGCUUCCAGGUCAGCCCCCAGGCCAACGACACACUGGAGGCCUUCCUCCACUGGCGGGCACAGCACCUGCUGGGGAAGCAGCCACAUGACAACGCUCAGCUCAUCACGGGGGUCGACUUCACUGGGACCACCGUGGGGCUGGCUAAGGUGUCUUCCAUGUGCACCUUCCACUCGGGGGCUGUGAACCAGGACCACAGCCAGAACCCUGUCGGUGUGGCGUCCACCAUGGCCCAUGAGCUGGGCCACAACCUGGGCAUGAAUCACGACGAGAACAUCCAGGGCUGCUACUGCCCCAUCCCCAGGGAGAGUGGCGGCUGCAUCAUGACCUCCAGCAUCAGCUCCAGGUUCCCCAGGAUGUUCAGCCACUGCAGCCAGACUGACCUGGAGACCUUCCUGGAGGGGCCGCAGACGGGCUGCCUGGCCAAUGCCCCCGACCCCCGCCGGCUGGUGGGCGGCCCCACCUGCGGGAACCAGUUUGUGGAGCAGGGGGAGCAGUGUGACUGUGGCCCCCCACAGGCCUGUCGGAACCGCUGCUGCAAUGCCACCACCUGCCAGCUGGUCGAGGGGGCCACAUGUGCCCACGGUGCCUGCUGCCACGAGUGCCAGGUGAAGCCGGUGGGCGAGCUGUGUCGCCCCUCGAAGGACGCGUGUGACCUGGAAGAGUUCUGCGACGGCCGGCAGCCCGCGUGCCCCGAGGAUGAGUUCCAGGAGAACGGCACCCCCUGCCCCGGGGGCUUCUGCUACAACGGGCACUGCCCCUCGCUGGCCCAGCGCUGCCAGGAGCUGUGGGGGCCAGGUGCACGGGCAGCCAUGGACACCUGCUUCACCUACAGCAUCUCCCCGGGAUGCCAGGGCGGAAUCCCCUCCGGCUUCAGCCAGGUCAACUGGUGUGGCGUCCUGUUCUGUGAGGGGGGGCUGAAGCCCCCGACGCGCAGGUCCUGCACCCUCACCUCCCACUCGGCGACCUGCCAGGCUCUGUUCACGGAGGACUCCGAUGCCUAUGAGGCUGUGCCCCAGGGCACCCAUUGUGGCCCGGGCAAGGUCUGCUGGGAUGGACGCUGCCAGGGCCUCCAUGUCUACAGAUCCCGGAACUGCUCCGCCCAGUGCCACAACCAUGGGGUCUGCAACCACAAGCGGGAGUGUCACUGCCAGGCGGGCUGGGCCCCGCCCCACUGCACAGAGCUGCUGACCGACAGGCGCACAGUCUCCAGGAGACUUCCGGUCAGUGUGCUGGUGGCCCUGGUGCUCCUGGCAGCUGGGGUGGCCGCGCUGGCAGGCGGCAUCGGCUACUGCAAGACUUGGCAGCGCACUCAUGGGAGGAGCACAGUGCCCAAGGCCACUGUGGGGCUUUCCAACCCCCUCUUCCAGCAGUGGGGCAGAGCCCCGGACCCCAGCCAGGGCCCCGCAGAGCUUGUCUCCCCCAGCCAGCCUCCCAGGCCCGCAGCUUCCUCCGUGACCCCUCAGAGGCCCCCCCCUGCUCCUCCAGCCACUGUGUCCAGGCCGCCCCUCCCCGUUCCUGUCUACACCCAGCAGGCGCCAGACCAGCUGAGACCUGCCCCACCCCCCAAGCCCCUCCCAGGGCUGAAGCCCAGGCAGGUAAGAGGCCUGGGGGUGGGGCCAACUCCACGACCUCCCUUCCCAUGGGCCUGUGUCACCGUGUGGGCCACAGUAGCCUCUGAUGGGCGCAGCCCCGCCUCUCUCUGCCCCCUGGGCCAGCCCCUGUCCCUUCCCAGCCGAACCCAGUGGGAUUUGCCCACUCCUCAGUCAUGCUGCAGUGUGGCUCGCAGGGCUGGGUUUUUAACUGCAAUUCUGAGUGAACCUCAGGGGGAGAAGCCCCCUGGCCCUCCGCCAGGGCCCCCAUCCGCACUGCCCGGUGCCUGUGUGGCGCUCCCCGGCUGUGACCCCUCCUGGUCUCUGGUCUCAGCUGGAGGCAGAAGCACAUGAGUGUACUUCCUGGGCGGGGCAUGGGGCCCUCAGCCUCAUCCCUCAAGGCCUUGACUCAUCCCCGGCCGGCGUGGGCAGCCCCCUCGGCAGGUGGAUCCCCUGGGAUUCCUGCCUGCUCCUCGCCUUGGCCCCUGGGUGAAUCUUGCCAGUGGUGGUUGUUACUGUGUUACUUGUCAGUGAUUUUCUGCCUCUCUGUUUCAGCUUUUUAUUUUAAGCUGAUUUUAGUCUUAAGAGUGUCAAGAAACAGUCGCAGCGUCAAAGUGGGAGUUUCUGGCCAGGAAGUGGUGACUGCUAGGCUGGGGUGCGGGUGCUCAGGGAGGGGGCGCCUCGUGCCCCAUGGGUGCCCUGCGUUCAGAGCACUAGGGCGAUCCCGGGAGUUGCUGCAGCUGCUGAGCUCAGCCUGGCCAAGGGAAGCAGAAACAAGCAGCACGGGCAUCCUGGCCAUGAGCGCGUGGCUCUCGAGCCUGGGUACCCGCAUUCUGGGCACUUCCAGGGGUCCUGGGAGCAUGGGGGCUGCUGGAGGGGGGCCCAGGGUGGGGUCUGCCACUGCGGCUUUGUCCACCGUCCCUGUCGG